UACGUUUUGUGUAAAAUUAGUAAAGUCUAUAAUUUGUAUUCUUAGCCACUGCGCGAAGGCCGUCCGUCAGGCGGCUGUAAUGGUCGGCGGCGGCUACCUUCGUUGAGCAUUCGUACGCUCGGCAUGUGGUCGAACUGGGAAAAUUGUUAAUAAGUUCCCCAAUAUAGGGUCGAUUUUUAUUUUGGGCAUAGAAAAUUGUUCCCUAGAGCUGUAGCUACAACUUUUUCUGUAUGGUUAAUUUUCACAGAAAUCGUUAGAAGUGCCUCAAAAUUGGCUUUGAAGUUGAUCAUUCCGAAAAUUGACUUUAGUGGUAUCAAUAGUAAAAUUUUGCUUUUUUUUUAGCCCCUUCUCUUCUUGUAAACUCAAUCAAGCUUAUUGCAAGAUUAAGAUAAUGUGUAACUUUUGGUUUAUUCUUAUUAUUAUUACUAUUUUCUCUCUUUUUAGGGUUUCGUGGCCCAUGGCCGAAAGCCUUAUAAUUUCACUUUGGUGUCCGUCCGUCCGUCUGUCCGUCUGUCGUAAUUUGGGGCACUAUAGAUCCCAAAUUUGGGGUACUAUAGAUCCCAAAUCAGUCAGUCAGUCACUCAGUCAGUCAGUCAGUCUUAACCACAAUGGUUUAUGAUAACCAAAACAGGAUUCGUGAAUGCCUGCUUUUAUUUUUUUUUUUUAUUUGUCACAAAUAUAUUAUUUAUAAUAAAAUAUCUAUAAAGACAAAAUAUAAAUAAAAUAAAAUAUAAAAAUAAAUUAAUACAAAAUAUUUUAUACCUAUACAGAUAAUUUCAGUAUUGAAUUGCAAUUACAAAAUGAUAGUCAAAUUCAAAUUUUAAAUGAAGAUACCAUGGAUUUAAUCAACUUGUUAAUUGGUGGAGAAUGAAUUUAUAGAAAUUAAUUAAACAUCCAUAGUUUCCUUUUUUAAAUUUUUAUUUUUCUUUUUAAAUGCCACGAAACCCUAGAGGUAGGCAUUUUGCGCUUGCUUCUCUUCCAAUUUUUUUUCUUUAAAUUUAUAAAAACUAAUGCUAUUGCUUUAUUUAUAAUUAACUUAACAUUAAAUAUUUGUUCACAAAGCGCAUAAAUAUAUUUGUCUUUCUGAAAACGCUCUCAACUCACUAAUGCAACUAAUGCAACUUUUUGUGCUCUCAUCUGAACUAGUGAUUUUUAAAGUUAAAUAAAAUGCACUAAAAUACAUUUUAAAAUUUUUUUUUUUUUAACAAUUAAAAUUAAAACUUGUUGAAAUAAAAUUAGAAAACUCUUGACACAUUAUUCUCUCCUUCGCCUCACGGCAAUCGUUCAACAGGCGGCUGCUACCCGUGGUCGGCGGCGGCUGCCGACGAGAACUUCGCGCGCUCGGCAACGACACUACUUGAGAAAAUUGUUGCUAAUUUCCACAAAAUUGUCAAAAAUUUUAUCUGAUAAGUGGUGCAUUAUUUUCUGGAGUCAGAACUAUAACCUUUAGGUCUACUCCGACACGUUACGAAUUUUGACCGGAAGUGCCCCAAAAUUGGCUCUAAAGUGGGCCCUUCUGGAAUUAGCAUUUCUAGACACCCUAAUAGCAAAAUUUUUUGCUUUUCUCGACCUUGUUGUCCCUUGUUAACUUAACCAGGAUUAUUUUAGAAAAGUAAAUUUAAAAUUUUUUUUUUUUUUUUUUUUUUUUAAGUUUCUUUUUCUUUUUACUCAACAUUUUAUUUGUAUUUAGGACGAAAACAUUUAUUUUUGGAAAGAAAAGGAAAAUGAACGGCAGAGCAACUCGAUCUCAACAACUACCCUUGGAAGCAGGAUUGACCUAUCCCGAACGCAAACGCACUACCGAUGGACGGCCUGAUAUAAAAGGGUUAUACGAUCGGUUGGAUGUAAUAUAUUUUGAUGGAGAGCUCGCAGAUGCGGGAUAUACAAUCACGUGGGGGCGGCAGAUGACUUCGACCUCGGGGUGUACCGAUUUGCCCCAGCGCGAGGUUCGCAUAAGCUGGGAGAUUCAUCGUAUUCUUCCUGUAGAGGAGCUAAUUGGAACAUUGUUACAUGAAAUGAUCCAUGUAAAACUCUUCCAACAUAGGCAGGAUAGGGACAGCUUUCAUCACACCGGUGCAUUCUUAGAGGAAAUGGACCGAAUCAACACAAUGGGGCCGUUUCGGGCGGACAUUCGUCACGACCUUCCACGGAAAGUACUCUACCAAUUGCGUCCGUACGUGUGGAAAUGCAGGAGCUGUAAACACAUUCUGCGGCUGACUGACUCCCGGAAGCCUGGAUUAAAGAGUUUUCAUCGCGUGAGAGGAUGAAAGGGUUGCGCGAAACCUUCGUGGACUAAAGUUAAAUAGUCAAUUAACUAUACAAUUAAUUGGAAUACGCUUUUCCCUUUUUGUGAAUAUACAAACGAAUAAAAGAACUAACGCAUAAUUAAUGAUUAUUAUUUAGAUGGCCUAUUAAGAAAUCUUCUAAAUAUAUAUUUUAUAAAGUGAUCA